AUGAAGACAAACGACCAACAAAUCAGCACACCGACGUUAGCUGGUUCUGCGCGGGAAAUAUCGCAAAUCCAGAGAGGCGAAGACGCAAUGUCCCGAGAAAUCGUUAUCAGAAGAAAUGGAGUCUGCACUGAGAUCAGCGCAGAAAAGGAGAGAAGGAAAAAAGCUGAAGAGAGGAAAAGAAGCAGGAGCAUGGAAGCGAAAACCCAAUAUCCCGAGAAAUCUCUGAUGGAUGAAAUGAAUGCGGCUAUAGCGUCUGAGCUCGCUGCCAGUCAAGCACAAGGGGCAAAACAGAAUGGCAAAGACAAUGGCAAAGAACUGAAGGUGGAUCGAACAAUGCACUCGGAGACGCAGGACAAGGAGAAGUGA